CAAGAUAGCGUAGAACUGUUAAUAAGAGCACAUUUUGCAUGAGUUGUUUCAUCUGGUUAUAUAUUUUGUGGAUACAAAUCAGGCAUAAUGUUGACGUUAGGAACGUGCGUUGCUUCCUGUAUUUUAUUUUAUUAUGUUUCAUCGGUUUCUGCGUUUUGCGACCAAACGGAUUUCACAGCAUGUUCAUGUGCAUUUCAAUUGGAUAAACAAACUUUCUGCUGGAUUUGCCCAUGCCCAAAGACAGCUACUACUUCAAAACCAGCUAAUAUACCAACGACUCCUACACCAAUAACUACUAAACCAACCACUCAGCCAACUACUAGACAAACGAGUUCUACACAACCAGCUACGACGCCAACGACAACCACACACAAGACGACACAAUCAACGACAACCACACAAAAGACGACACAACUAAUGACAACCACACAAAUGAAGACACAGCUAACGAUAGCCACACAAAUGAUCACACAACCAACGACAGCCAAACAAAUGAUGACAAAGCCAACAACAAUCACGCAAAUUACAACACAACCAACGACAACCACACAAAUGGCGUCACAACCAACGACUACCACACACAAGACGACACAACCAACGACACAGACACAAAAGACGACACAACAAACGGCAACCACACAAAAGACGACACAACCAACGAAAACCACACAAAUGACGACACAACCAACGACAACCACACGAGAGACUGCACAACCAACGACAACGACACAAACUACAAAAGCACAUUCAAAAUCAACCUCAAAACCAACUUUUCCGACACAACCAAGUCCAACUUCACAGCAAACUACACAAAACAAAUCAAGACCAUCAACGCACCCCCCACCAUAUUCAACAUCCAGCUCGAUUCCUACCACCACCUUAGAUGAAUUAGGUUGUCCUGCCUAUCCUUCCGACUGCCCGGCUUCAUGCAGUGAUCUUGACGCUAACUUCUGUCCCAUCUGUACAUGCACCGCGGGUUCGGUGACUACCACACCCAAGCCUACGGGAUGUCCUCAGGUACAGUGUCUGCUGGACUGCGGGGAUCCGCCCAAGUUUGUCAAGGAUUCACAGGGGUGCGACCUGUGUCAGUGCGACUUUGGACGAUAGAAGACCUCGGGAUUGCUUUAGCAUGCAUACAUACACAUUAUUUCCUGUGGUUGACUAUUACAGAAACGUUUGCGAUUAACAUUUUAUAUUCGUGUUUUAUUUUACUGUUUAAGAAAAUUUGCGAUUUACAACACUUCAUGAAAUGACAUUGUGUUAGUGUUAUGAAAAAAAGGACCAUAGGUCAAUGUUUCCAAUCGGCGUUCUGUUUGAAUACGAAGCAAGAUAUGUGAAAUAGAAUGAUAAAUAAGAAUGUGCAACGUAUUGAUGUAAAAAAACUUUACUGCCUU